AGUGAAGUUUCAGUACAGAGGGGAAAAUAUCACUGAGUUUCCAAGGUUUUUUUGCAACAUGGAUGCAAACUUCUGUGUCUGAGGAAGGUCCAUCCCACAGAACGGUAAAGUGAACCAACGUGACCGACUGGCAAGAUGUGGCCUCUCUGGACAGCUGCGAUUUGCCUGAUCAGCUGCUUUUUGUACAGCAAUGGAAGAAUUCUACCUCAUACAGGUGAUCUCUGCCCAAGUUUACAGAGCGAAGGACAAAGCAUGGGAAUCGAAGGAAGCACAAAUAUUACUGGGUUCAAUUUGAUCAAGAGAUUUUCCCUCCAGAAAAUGAGCUCUGUAAAGAAAAUUCGGAAUCCCAAAGGACCCCUGAUCAUGCGACUUGGAGGGGCCCGGCUUGUAGAGCAAACAGCACAGGUGUUCCCUCUUGGAUUACCCGAUGAGUUCACAUUGGUGACGACCCUAUUGCUAAAGAAACAGGUGACAGAUGAAGACUGGUACCUUUUUCAAAUCAGUGACCAGCUGGGAUAUCCACAGAUCUCCAUAAGUUUCAAUGGCAAGGACAGAAGCCUGGACUUCCGUGCAAGAGGUCGUGGUGUAGAGUACGUGGGUUGUACUUUCACUGGACAUGGCGUGUACUCUCUGUUUGACAACGGGUGGCACAAGAUUGUGCUGAGUGUGCAAGAGAGGGUUGUAUCCAUUCAUAUUGACUGCAGCUAUAUUUCAAGCAAACCAGUUGAGCCCAGGACAUCCAUACCUGUUGAAGGACAUACUUUUAUUGGGCUGGACAUGGUGAAUGGAGCCCCAGUACAUAUUGACAUCCAGAAAUUCCUUAUAUACUGUGAUCCACAAAUGGCAAUGCAAGAAGGAUGCUGUGAGAUCCUUCCAUCAGGUUGCAACCCAGAUGCUGCUAAGACAAGACGCAAUGUGGAGGGUGUUGAAAAUGUGCAGAACAAUAACUUCAUAGAAUUGCCUGCAAAAUCCAAGCACCAGAGUUAUACAAGAUGCUUCUGUCUGGAGGAUUCGUUGAGCAAAACGGGUGACAAAGUGUCUUCUGGAAUGUCUGUAGACCUUCCUCCAGAGUGUGCAUCAUGUGCAUUUCGUCUCCCAGAGCCCAAUGUCACAGCAGGACCACCAGGGCCCAGGGGUCUCAAAGGGGAAAGAGGACAAUCUGGAACUUAUGGACCAAAAGGGGAGAAAGGAGAUAGUGGAUUAGACUGCAUCCGGACAUCAUCAGGAGGACCUCUACAGUGUGCUGAAGGUGUAAAAGGGGAAAAGGGAGAACAAGGAGUGGAGGGGCCAAGAGGAUUUGAGGGACCAUCUGGACCAGAUGGAGAGAAAGGGCAGAAGGGCGAUAAGGGAGACACAGGAGUGAGAGGAUUCGCUGGUUCUCCAGGUCGAGAUGGAAGACCAGGUGAAAUAUGCGUAGUGGGACCGAAGGGACAAAAGGGGGAAACCGGAAUAGUUGGCCCGGAGGGCCUUGCAGGAGAACCUGGACCUCCCGGAAAACCUGGACUCGCUGGGAUCGGACUACCAGGCAAACCUGGUAAUCCCGGUGGUCCACCUGGCCCCCCAGGAGAUAAGGGUCCACCCGGAACUUCUGGGAGUGAUGGUUCUGUAGGAAAACCGGGAAAACCAGGCACCCCAGGACUGAAAGGGGAGAAGGGUGAUCCUUGUGAGGUUUGCCCAGUCCCCAAUGAGGAUGGGUCAAAGGUCAUAAGCAUGGCAGGUGCCAAGGGGCAGAAAGGGCAGACGGGUCUCCCUGGGACUGGAGAGCCAGGAAAACCUGGAACAACAGGCGGACCAGGACCAAAAGGUGAACAGGGAUCACCAGGCUUUUAUGGCUUGAAGGGAGAAAAGGGAGAGUCCUGCACAUCAUGCACAGCGUCUCAAGGUGCAGCUGGUUUACAGCUUCUACCAAGUGGUCCUAAGGGUGAACCAGGAGACCCUGGAAUUGGUGCAGUUGGCCUCCCGGGAAAACCUGGUGUAUCUGGACUUGCAGGGCCCAAAGGAGAAAAGGGCGAUUAUGGUGAAAGAGGACCAGCUGGGGUACCAGGCUUACCAGGAGAACUGGGGAGCAAAGGAUCUGUUGGAUCAAAAGGAGAAAAGGGGGAACCUUGCAACAUGUGUCCAUCUCUCCCAGCUGAACAACCUAAGCCUCAGACAGUCUAUGCUGUGCCUGGCGAGCCAGGAGCCAAAGGUGAACCAGGAGAACCUGGAAUUGGAAAGCCAGGAAAAAACGGUAUACCAGGUGACCCUGGGAUGAAAGGUCAGAAGGGUACAUCUGGCAAUCAAGGGGAUCCUGGCAUCCCUGGGGAGGCAGGUGUUCCAGGUUUGAAUGGUGAACAAGGAAUCCAGGGACUCAUUGGAUUCAAAGGGGAGAAGGGAGAUGCCUGUGCCUCCUGUCCAGUAUCUCUAGAUGAACUCACUGGUGCUAUUGGUAUACCCGGAAACCCAGGAGCUAAGGGAGAUCAGGGACCUCCUGGAGUGGGCCAGAUAGGAAGACCGGGCCAACCUGGUGUACCUGGAUUUCAGGGACUACCAGGAAUUAAGGGUGAGCAGGGAGAGCCAGGGUAUCCAGGAGAAGGAAAGAGAGGCCCACAGGGGGAGACAGGAGAACGAGGCCCAUCUGGGAAAACAGGACCACCAGGACCCCAGGGACCUCCUGGGUUUACUGGACCCCAAGGUGAAAAGGGUGCCAAUGGGCAAAAAGGAGCAUCAGGAAACCCUGGACUUCCCGGAGUGGGAUCCAUGGGACCUCCGGGUCGUGAUGGAACACCAGGAAAACCAGGAUAUAUGGGAAGUGAUGGUAGACCAGGCAGCAAGGGAGACAAAGGUGAUAAAGGAGAAGGUGGUGUCUGUUCCUGUCCUCCUGGACCAUGGAUGGUAGAGGAACCUUCAAUGAAUGAGUUCUUUCGAUAUGGAAUUCAGGGACCUCCUGGACCACCUGGGCCUCCCGGACCUCCUGGACUUCCCGGUCAUCAGGGUUUGCCCGGACACAAUGGUAUGCCAGGACGACCUGGAGUGCCAGGAGAACUGGAACCCCUGGCUGCAGAGAGAACCAUUGAUAUCCUGAAGAGUAUUUGUGGGGACUGUUCCAAUGGGCAGAACACUCCAACCGCCAUGAAAGGAGAGAAGGGAGAGCAAGGCCAGCCUGGGAAUCCCGGAGCAGAGGACUGUGAGACGUGUGGUAUGGAAAAGACUGAAGAAGUGGGAGAUGAACCUGAUUCUGGCUGUGCAGGUGGACCAGGACACCCGGGAAUCCCAGGAUUACCUGGGCUAAAGGGUGAAGAGGGACCUCCUGGUGCCCGUGGAUUUCCUGGAUCUCCAGGACCAGCUGGGCCCCCAGGUUUUCCAGGCUCCCCUGGCUCCCCCGGAUUACCUGGCAUGCAAGGAGAAAGAGGACUACCUGGACCUAGCGGAGAUAAGGGAGAAACGGGACCUCCUGGUCUUCCAGGAUAUCCAGGAGCUUUGGGUCCCCCAGGACUCCCCGGUCUUAAGGGCGAGAGAGGGUACAGUGGCCCAUCAGGAGAAAAGGGAGAGUCGGGCCCUCCUGGUAUUCCUGGCAUUCCUGGCCCUGCUGGACCUACGGGAACAAGAGGAGAACGAGGAUUAACAGGAAGUUCUGGAGAGAAAGGUGACCAGGGAUUUUCAGGUCCACCUGGGUUUCCCGGGCCUCCUGGACCCCCUGGGUUUCCAGGAAAAGCUGGGCCAGCUGGACCACCAGGGCCUCCUGCUGAGAAGGGUGUUGAGGGACAACGUGGUUCACCAGGACUUUCUGGUCCACCUGGACCUCCGGGGAUUCCUGGAAUACAGGGGCCACCUGGAAUUGAAGGACUAGAUGGGAAGGAUGGGAAGCCUGGAGCAAGGGGAGAGUCAGGUCCUCCAGGACCACCUGGACGUAACGGUAUCCCGGGAUUUAAAGGCAAAACAGGACAUACUGGACUGCCAGGUGCCAAGGGGGACUGUGGACCUAUAGGACCACCAGGAAGUGCUGGGAGGCCAGGAGCAGAGGGUGAUCCGGGUGCAAUGGGUCCACAAGGACGUCCAGGUCCUCCAGGACACAUCGGACCUGCAGGAAGCCCUGGACAACCAGGAAGCCCAGGAUCUCCAGGACUGGGCAUAAAGGGUGAACGAGGUUCCGCUGGUGAGCGAGGUCUUUUGGGUCUUCCAGGUGAACCAGGAUCCCCAGGACAUCCUGGACCUGCUGGUGAAAUGGGAGCAGAUGGAACACCUGGCAAAGAGGGUCCUCCUGGGAAGCCUGGAAUUUAUGGAACCCCUGGAGAAAAGGGUGAAGCUGGAGCGCCAGGUCCUUCAGGACCUCAAGGAGAGAGAGGAAGACCAGGACCGCCUGGAGAUGGUUAUGGAAAAAGUUCAUCUGCAGCAGUCGUGGGACCAAGAGGACCUUCUGGAGAGAGAGGAUCUCCUGGCUCUCCAGGAUCACCUGGCAUUCCAGGAACCCCAGGAACUCCAGGAACAAUGGCAGACCCCAUCAAUUAUGAUGAGAUUAAGAGGAUGAUUCGACAAGAGAUGUUCAAGCUCUUUGACGAGAGGAUGGCGUAUUACACAUCACGCAUGCAGAUACCAGUGGAGAUGGCUGGCUCACCUGGAAGACCAGGUUCUCCUGGUAAGGAUGGAACUCCAGGACGUCCAGGUAGCCCAGGAGCUCCAGGAUCUCCAGGGCAGAUUGGACGUGAGGGAAGACCAGGUGUCCCUGGAAUGAGAGGGGAACCUGGAACAAAGGGAGAGAAGGGGACCAAUGGUAUUGGUAUGAUGGGUGAUGUAGGCCCUCCUGGAGCACCAGGACCACAGGGGCCCCCCGGUUAUGGCAAAGUAGGUUUACCUGGACCAAUGGGACAACAAGGAAUUCCUGGUAUCCCAGGACCAGUUGGGCCAAAAGGCAACACAGGCAAAGAAGGGAGAUGCAACCCAGCGGACUGUUACAGCAUGAUGUCAAUGCAAGAGUACCAGCCAAAGAGCAUGAAAGGGCCAGGACGAUAAUAUGUCCCAAUCCUCAGACCCCACCAUCUGCCUCACUGGAUUGUCUUCAGAGAGCUAUUCCCUUUCCUUGCCGGAGUGACCAACAGCACUUUUCUCGAUAUACUGAUUUCUAUAUAUUGCUCCUUAUCGAGAUGCAGGAUUUUAUGGCAAAGAAGUGGAAGGAUAUGUUCAUGCACCUUGUAUAAGUUUUACUUCCUUUUUUAUCAAGACCAUUAGGUUCUGCUUUUCCUCUUUGUUUGUUUUCUUUGCUGCCUACAUAGCAUUUGAGACAACUGUAUGAUUCCUGUCCAUAAUGGAACAGAAUAGACCUCAUUGCUUCAUAAAAUAUCUGAUUGGUCAGGUACUUCAGAACAGAAAUGUUUACUUGCAGUCACAUGGUGAUUCCCUUUUGUUCUGUAGUUCUAAUGUAGAUACUACUCUUGUCUAAAGUUUCACAUGAGGACCCUUUCUAUUGGCAAUUCUAUUUGUACGUCUGGUGUAAUUGAAUUGUUCUUAUUGUUCUACUCAUUGUGUUUUAUGGACAUUUUCCCAUAACAAUAUAAGAAGACAAAUUGUUUCAUUCAACGGAACUUAAAUAUUUUAACAGUUGUUUCCAAUGUUUCUAUAAAAUUGUCUUCAUUUA